CAUUGGAGAGGCAUUGUAUUAUGGGCAGCAGUGAAGCUGAUGCAUCUGCAAAGACUCCAAGGACAUCUGUUGCUCAGGAGCAAACCACUGCUACUAGCUCCACCCCUGCUGUGACUGUUUAUCCAGACUGGUCAAACUUUCAGAUUAUGCCUAUGCUUGGGGAGGCUCAUCGAGUUGUCACUUAUUCUGACAGGCAUAUUCACCAAUUCCACCACAUGGAUUCUUUCAUUCUCCUGUUGCAUCUAGUCCUCAGCCCCAUCCUUACAUGUGGGGACCUCAGGUGUUUUUUGUUAUUCAAAUAUUUGAAAAGAUUAUUUUGAAUGUUUUUUUGCUAGUCAAAUAAUUAUUCUUUUGAAUGUUUUUUGACAUUUCAGAAGGAAAGCUUAGUGAGGCAGGAACACAUACUCAUUACAAUAGAUUAGAAUUAUUGCAGGAGCCAAGAUAAGAUGGAAUUGAGAUGGAAUUUUCAUUGGAUAGUCACAAAAAUACAUAGAUUUUAUUAGUUCCUUGCACUGUAGUAAUGCAUCUGUCAACCAGGUGAUUUGGUGAGUCAUGCAGUGAGAACUUAAUUCUCAUGCCAACUUCACAAUCCUUGUACUUGCUUAUCCAUAGGGAGGUCAAAAUAUAAGCUGUGGAAAAUCACAUAGGAAUGAUCAUACAUGGACACAUUUGUUGAAAAUGUUUUUGUGAUAUAAAAUGACAAUUUUACAAUAUCUGUGUUGUUUUUAUGUAUUGAAGUUCAUUAUGGUGGAUCUAUGUUUUCCAACCUUGCCAUGAAACCGUCAUUCUUAAUGCUUUAUCUGCAGCACCUUAUGCCACCAUAUGGGACUCCACCACCCCCAUAUGUGAUGUAUCCUCCUGGAGGGUUAUAUCCAUCUAUGCCUCCUGGAGCACACCCUUUCAGCCCUUAUGCAAUGACUUCGCCAAACAGCAAUGUUGAGGCUUCUGGAGCCCUUGCUGGUACAGAAGUAGAUGGUAAGUCAUCCGAAGGUAUGGAAAGAAGUGCCAUAAAAAGAUCCAAAGGUAGUUUAGGUAGUUUGAAUAUGAUUACAGGAAAGAACAGCACUGAGCCAGGUAAAACAUCAGGGCAACCAACCAAUGGAACAUUUUCUCAGAGUGGUGAAAGCGGAUGUGACAGUUCAAGUGAAGGGAGUGAUGCCAAUUCCGAAAAUGACUCACACACAAAGACAACUCGUGGGCAUGAAUCUCAUGGUGAGGUUUCCCAGAGAGGCACUGCUGGUGGAUCUCAGAAUGGUGUUACUCAAAUUCCAUCACAGGCAAUGUUGAGUCAUCAAAUGGCUAUAGUGUCUUUGCCUGCACCUGGAGCAGUAGCUGGUCCUACCACGAACUUAAAUAUAGGAAUGGAUUAUUGGGGCGCUCCAAGUUCAUCACCUGUUCCAGUGCAUGGAAAAGGGGCUGCAGCACCUGGUGCUCCCUCAGAUCAUUGGUUGCAGGAUGAGAGAGAACUUAAAAGGCAGAAAAGAAAGCAAUCAAAUAGGGAAUCUGCACGUAGAUCCAGACUACGUAAGCAGGCAGAGUACGAAGAGCUGGCACUAAAAGCUGAUACUUUAAGGGAGGAAAAUGCUAACUUGAGGGCAGAGCUGACAAGGAUCAAGAAGGAAUAUGAGCUACUUGUUUCCCGAAAUGCAUUGCUUAAGGAAAAGCUUGGCGAAGCAGAGCAAGGUGCAGAUGAUCACAGUGCUGACAGAAAGGAGCAAGGUUCUGUAGAUGAGAACUUGAAACAGAACUUGGAUUCUGAUGCACAAGCGGCCAAAACAGACCAAGGGCAGACAGACAUCUAGCCCUGGCUGGCAUGGAGAUCCGAGCCUAACCUUGAAUGACCUGUAUGCAUACCUGAUUAGUAUGUAACCCAAAUUUACUUUUUUUUUUUAAAAUUUUUUAUUUUGUCAUCUGAUUGGCUUUAGUUAGAUUGAUGUCAAAAUCAACCACCUUAGGUUUCGCUUGCCUAUGAUAAUGGCCUCACUAUUUUAGCUGUUAAACCCAGCUUCCUCUUGUGCUGAGGCAUGGCUGCCCAAUUACCACUUUAAUCUGUAUGUCUAACUCUCGACUGAAUGUAUUAACAAAAAUGAUUGUUAAGCUAAUCCAGUGAUGUUGACUUAUUCUUUGCA